ACUGAACAAAAACGACGCCGUAUAGGAAGGAAGAGUUUCCUCUUCGGAAGUGUUGGAGUCGGGGUUUAUGGACCUGUGCCGCCUGUGAGAGGGUUUUGGAAACUAAAACAGCGGGUUUCCAAAAUUACUGCAAAAGCCCUUAAACGGCGUUGUGAUCUUGUUAGAGCUGCCGAAGAUGGAGUUCGUCAGCCCUGAAGGUCUCCGAUUGGAUGGACGCCGUCCGACCGAAAUGAGGCAAAUUCGAGCAGAGCUCGGAGCCGUGGCCAAAGCAGACGGUUCCGCAGUUUUUGAAAUGGGGAACACUAAAGUCAUCGCUGCUGUUUAUGGCCCCCGAGAGGUCCAAAAUAGAAGCCAACUACUCAAUGACCAAGCAUUGGUGCGAUGUGAGUAUAGUAUGGCCAAUUUUAGUACUGGAGAUCGCAUGAGGAAACCUAAGGGAGACAGGCGAUCAACAGAGAUUUCUUUAGUGAUUCGUCAAGCCAUGGAAGCUUGUAUAAUGACACAUUUAAUGCCUCGUUCUCAGAUAGAUAUAUUUGUCCAAGUUCUGCAAGCAGACGGAGGAACUAGAUCUGCAUGCAUCAAUGCUGCUAGUCUGGCCCUUGCAGAUGCUGGGAUCCCAAUGCGUGAAAUUGUUACUUCGUGUAGUGCAGGCUACCUUAAUAGCACUCCUUUGCUUGAUUUGAAUUAUGUAGAAGAUAGUGCUGGAGGACCUGAUGUCACAGUUGGAAUUCUUCCAAAGUUGGACAAAGUGACUCUUCUUCAGAUGGAUUCUAAGUUGCCAUUGGAUAUUUUCGAAACUGUAAUGCAAUUGGCAACCGAAGGGUGUAAGGCAAUUGCGAAAGAACUAAGAGAAGUAUUACUGGAUAAUACAAAGCAAUUAGAAAUUCGACGAGGAGGAUAAAUCCCAAUGAAUGAGGGUUCUAAAGGCGAUCACUCUAUCAUAGCACCGACCAACUCAGGAGAGACUCAGUUGCAUUCUUCUAUACACAUCUUUGAAGAAAUCACUUUGGCCUCUAGAUAUUUUCAUUUUGAUGAAUUUUAAGAAUAUUUCUGAUGUAAUCAUUUUGGCAUAGUGGAUGCCAUUUUUUAGCAUAGGCAGUACUAAAGUUGCAGCCGGGAACGUUUGAGGAUAAUUGGGUUGAGUGUUUAAACAAAAAAUCUGAAGUAAAAUUCGAAUUUAUUUAUUGAAGCAGAUUUGAAAUUAAAUUUUUAAUAACUUCAUUGCAUGGUA